CCAUCAGGGUGGAGGCGGCGAUGUGUCAGCUGGUAUUCAGGCUCUGGUUGUGCGCUUAGAUUGCUCCCCCUCCCCAUCUCCCCAAAUCCACCCACCCACCCCGGUACCCACUGCUUGGGUCCUUCUGGGUGGCAGCACUUCACGGGGAGAGACCGAGGAGCAGCCCUGAGCCCUUGGCUGUGGGGGGGUGGGGGAACUGACUCCACUUGGCCCCCUCCCUCGUGCCGAUGGGGCAGCCCCCACACCCAUGGGCGCUGGCACCCCGGCAGGCCCCCGGGUUUUGGAAAAGGAAGCUGCAGCCCGGCUGCGCCUGACCGGAGGCGGCUGAGGAUGAGCUCUGGGCGCAGGGACCCGCUGGCCCCCGGGCCCGGAGGCGAUGUUUAGGCAGCGACCCCCCAGAGGCUGCCGGGGCCACCCUGGCUGCGGGCCCGCCGGGACGCCCCUGCUCGCCGCGCCCCUCCCCGGGCCGUGGCACGUCCCCCGAGCCGCGCAGUAUUUCCUUCCUGCACCUUUAAGAAGACCGUUGCUCCGUGGUGGGAUGGUGUGUUAAAGCCACACAGAGGAAGUUACGCAGCCCGGAUCAGACCGAGAGAUAAAAGCCCCGAUGGUGAUCGUGAGUGAUGGCAAGAGGAUUUAGCCUCGGCAUUAACUUGGUGCGGAGUGCAGGGGGGCCGUGAAGCGCCCGCCAUCUGGCCCGCACCGCGCCGGGGGGAUGCCCCGGCUCUCCGACGAGCCGCCGCGAAGCCCACCCGGGCCGGGGGCUGCCCGGAGCCCGAGUGCGGGUCCUCCCCGGGCCGCCCAGGGGGGCCAAAAAGUUUGCACUUGUUAGCGGCGACCUCCUGCUCUGCCCGGGCGGGCGAUGCGGGCUGCGCGAGCGGCCCCCUCCCCCGGCCCGCGUCUCCGGGACGGCAGCGGGCGGCCCCCCCGGCGGCCGGAGGGCUCCCCGGCCCCGAUCUGACGGCGGCGGCAGCGGCGGCCACAGCGGCGGGAGCGGUGAGGGGAAGGAGCAGCUGCUCGCAGCCCUCGGCCCGCGCCCCCACCCAGCGCCAGCCCUAGGCGGGAGGCGCAGCGCCGGAGGGUGGCGGUCCUCGGCCCUCCUGGGUCUCGGCGCCGGGAAGCCGCUCUGAGCCGGGGCCGGAGGGUUGUUUUGCAGUUGUGUUGAGCACCUCACCCACUAAGAGCCCUUUAAAGACCUGGAUUGAUUGGAAGGACAAAAAUUAAAAGCAAUCUGAUCCAGCCUCAUGCAGGAUCCCUGCGGAUUUUCUCCUUAUCCCAUUUCCAUCCACUGUCACAAUUUGAGAGUCUGCCUGAUUUGAUCAGCUUCACCUCUGGGGGAGGUGUGACGCCAAGGUUAGGAGGAUGUGAAGUUAUGGACAACUUUCUGAUCUGCCCAUCAGCAGUCUGAGAAACGCUGGCUCUGAAUUUUCCAUCUCUGCCUUUUGGAAACAACUUCCUCGCUGUUUGCAAAGCUUCAGUGCUCGGGGCCCUGGGACACCCUGGCCACCCUCGCCUGGUUGAUGUGGCAUUUCCAUGCUGAGCCCGAGAGUCCCGCCUGACCCCAUCGCUGCCUCUCCAGGGCGUCUCUGGGCUGCACCCCUGCGGACUGCGCAGCCAUGCUGCACCUGCUGGCACUCUUCCUGCACUGCCUCCCGCUGGCCUCUGGGGACUACGACAUCUGCAAAUCCUGGGUGACCACGGAUGAGGGCCCCACCUGGGAGUUCUACGCCUGCCAGCCCAAGGUGAUGCGCCUGAAGGACUACGUCAAGGUGAAGGUGGAGCCCUCGGGCAUCACUUGUGGAGACCCCCCUGAGAGGUUCUGCUCCCACGAGAAUCCCUACUUGUGUAGCAACGAGUGCGACGCCUCCAACCCGGACCUGGCCCACCCGCCCAGGCUCAUGUUCGACAAGGAGGAGGAGGGCCUGGCCACCUACUGGCAGAGCAUCACAUGGAGCCGCUACCCCAGCCCGCUGGAAGCCAACAUCACCCUUUCGUGGAACAAGACCGUGGAGCUGACGGACGACGUGGUGAUGACCUUCGAGUAUGGCCGGCCCACGGUCAUGGUCCUGGAGAAGUCCCUGGACAACGGGCGCACGUGGCAGCCCUACCAGUUCUACGCCGAGGACUGCAUGGAGGCCUUCGGCAUGUCCGCCCGCCGGGCCCGCGACAUGUCGUCCUCCAGCGCCCACCGCGUGCUCUGCACCGAGGAGUACUCACGCUGGGCGGGCUCCAAGAAGGAGAAACACGUGCGCUUCGAGGUGCGGGACCGCUUUGCCAUCUUUGCCGGCCCGGACCUGCGCAACAUGGACAACCUCUACACGCGGCUGGAGAGCGCCAAGGGCCUCAAGGAGUUCUUCACCCUCACCGACCUGCGCAUGCGGCUGCUGCGCCCCGCGCUGGGCGGCACCUAUGUGCAGCGGGAGAACCUCUACAAGUACUUCUAUGCCAUCUCCAACAUUGAGGUCAUUGGCAGGUGCAAGUGCAACCUGCACGCCAACCUGUGCUCUGUCCGGGAGGGCAGCCUGCAGUGUGAGUGUGAGCACAACACCACCGGCCCUGACUGCGGCAAGUGCAAGAAGAACUUCCGCACCCGGUCCUGGCGGGCCGGCUCCUACCUGCCGCUGCCCCACGGCUCUCCCAACGCCUGUUCCGCUGCAGGUUCCUUUGGCAACUGCGAAUGCUACGGCCACUCCAACCGCUGCAGCUACAUUGACUUCCUGAAUGUGGUGACCUGCGUCAGCUGCAAGCACAACACUCGAGGUCAGCACUGCCAGCACUGCCGGCUGGGCUACUACCGCAACGGCUCGGCGGAGCUGGACGAUGAGAACGUCUGCAUCGAGUGUAACUGCAACCAGAUAGGCUCCGUGCACGACCGGUGCAACGAGACCGGCUUCUGCGAGUGCCGCGAGGGCGCGGCGGGCCCCAAGUGCGACGACUGCCUCCCCACGCACUACUGGCGCCAGGGCUGCUACCCCAACGUGUGCGACGACGACCAGCUGCUGUGCCUGAACGGAGGCACCUGCCUGCAGAACCAGCGCUGCGCCUGCCCGCGCGGCUACACCGGUGUGCGCUGCGAGCAGCCCCGCUGCGACCCUGCAGACGACGACGGCGGCCUGGACUGCGACCGCGCGCCCGGGGCCGCCCCGCACCCCGCCACCCUGCUCGGCUGCCUGCUGCUGCUGGGGCUGGCCGCCCGCCUGGGCCACUGAGCUCCGCCCAGGGGACGCGCCCUGCACCCGGGGGCUGCGGUCCCAGGGUCCUGGGGUGGGGCCGGCGUCCGAGGCCGGGCGGCGAGAAGGGUGCGGCCGGAGCUGCUCCCAGGUGCUACUCAGCAGGGCCCCCCGCCCGGCCCGCGCUCCCGCCCGCACUGCCCUCCCCACGCAGCAGGGGCGCCUUGGGGCUUCCCCCCGCGCCUGCCAUGUGGUUUCGUUUUUCUUUUCUAUUAUCUGCGGCCCCGUUCCUUUUUUAUUUUUAAUUUCUCUCUUUUUUUUUUUUUUUUUUUUUUUUUGGCUGGCGGUGAGCCAGGGGGUCUGGAGAAACGCUGCUCGCCUCACACCGCGUCUUGCCUCCCCCCAUACUGGCACACACGGGACUGUGGCCGACGCCCCGUGGCCUGUCCUGGGCUCACGGACGGCGGCGGACCCCGACCUCCAGUUGCCUGCAAUUCCAGUCGCUGACUCGAUCCUGUUUUUUAUUCUUUAUUUUUCCCGCAACCCACCAGACCCCAGGCCUCACCGGAGGCCCGGUGACCAAGGAACUCACCGUCUGGGGGAGGGGGAGAGAAAGAAGGGGUGGGAGGCCUGGACACUUUGAUUUGUAGAGAACUAUUUUUGUUUGCAUUCACUGUUCCCUGUAGGGGGUACGGGGCGGGAACGCUGGUCACCGCGGGGGUCCAUGGCGUAGAAUCCGAGGAGUAAAGAGUCUGCUCACUGCUGUCUCCAGGGCCUGUUUUCUUUCUGUGUUGGGGACGCUGGGCAGGUUUGGGGCUUAGAGAGGAACCCACAAGAGAGCCUUAAAGAAACGGUUUCCCUGUUGGGGCCAUCAUUUCCCGGGCCCUUGCCGUGGAAAGGCCCUCUGGGGUGGGUUCUGCCCACCCACCCCUCAGGCUUGGCUGGCAAAGCUCUCCCACCCCGUGGCCAGGUUGCAGGUGUCCUACCUGCCAGGAGCCUCCCCACACUGACGGGUUGUCUCCCUCCUUUCCCAAAAAAGAAAUCCAGAGUGCACGGGCCCUUUUCUACAGAAGUCCAACGAAAAUUCUCAGGGAGAAUCCUGGUAGAGAUUGAAUCCCACGCUCUGAUACUCUCUGGGUGGCAGCCCCUGACAGAUGUGUCAUCUCGGAUCUGUUGCAACCGUAGCCUCAAAUCCAAUGUCAGGAUUGGAUUUAGCUGAACCCACAAUUCGGCCACCACCUCCUUCCAUAGUUUCAGGCGGCCAGGUGGGCAGAGGCGGUCAGGGCAGAGAUCCCAGACAGGCCAGCAGCCAAGUCCUCCUCACCUUCUUGAGAUUAGGGAGGAGUGCUGGAGGGGUCAGGGGCAGCUUGUGAGUGGCAAGAGGAAGCUCAUAGAUUCGGGGCUCCUCUCCUGGGGCCUCUGCUUCUGAGGAUCCAGCAGCUCUACCAGCUCUGGGGGCCACACUUCCCCCUCGGUCCAGCCACCUGCUGGCCUGUGUUUAUUUCGAAGCAGUCCUGGGGUCCUGUCCUGGUUGCUAACUGCUCCUACUGCUCCACCUCCAGGCGCCCCGAGCACUGGCUUCUGUCACCGCACCUGUGCUUUCCCGGCUGCAAGGUUUAGACCUGGGUUCUUCCCUCGAGUCCCUGAAACUAAGCUAAGACCAAGUGGAAGAAACUUGGCCUUGGAGACAGCAGGAGAUUACAGCACAGAGAAGGAGGGGGAGGUACAUCGGGACACUGCCUAGGACUCACAGCGUCCUGAGCUCCCACGCCAGCACUCCUGGCCUCCUCUCUCAGCUCCCACCCCAGCACCCUGCUGACCCAGAAGUGCCUUCCGCCAGACCAUGCAUCUCUCGCAGCUGGCCUGUCUCCACCCUCACCUUCUUCCAUAUGCACAGAAUCCUACUGCCUGGGACCCAAAGCUCCCAGAUAAAACACCUUUCUGGGCCUCCUUGUGGAUAGGAGUGGAUGGGAACACAACUCUGGGCAGCGAGAUGUAAGCAGGAAUAAUGGGUGGGACUUCCAGAAAGUUCCUUAAAAGCCAUUCCUUCCUCCAUGCCCCACGAAGCCUCAGCUGUCCAAGUUUGUGGCUCUGAUUUUUCUCUCGUCCCUCCCCCUGCUUUUCAGGCAGCAGGUUGGGGAAGGAGCCUUCUGUGGACACUGAGCAUAAGAGUGUCGCCCUCAGGACGGUGGAGGGUGGAGCUGGUGGGGGGUGGGGGGUGGAGGUUGCAGAGCCUGGGACACUUGCCCUGGCUGCAGUCUCUGCAUUGCUUUUAUUUAUCUACUUAUUUUUAUAGAGUUGGGGUCUCACUAUGUUGCCCAGGCUGAUCUCAAACUCCUAGGCUCAAGUGAUCCUCGGGCUUGGCCUCCCAAAGUGCUGGGAUUACAGGCAUGAGCCACUGCACCGCCUGCAUGUCUUACUGUGUGAGAAAAAAAAUAAACAUUGAUGUUAUUAAAACACUAGAA